CACCGCUGCUCCGUGAUGCCUAAUGAAAGGGCGCGGAUUCUCUAUAAGAAUGCGACACACCACCCUGAGCCGUCCACCAACCUUGGCUUUCACUGCACCCCGGAGGCAGGAGCGCAGACAACAGCAAACAACACCAGAAACUUGGAGGAGGCGUUGAAGGCAGGCCAGGUGACGCCGCUGGACGGCGGCCAAUAUAAGUGUGAAGUGUGUAACAAGAAGUACGUCAGCAAGGCCACUGUCAAGAGUCACCUCACAACCAAGACGCACCUCACCAAGCUGCCAAAGGUGUCAUCUACACAGACAGCCUCUCAAGCCACCGAACGUAAGAUUCAACUCAACUCGGCACCCCAGCAGGAUGUGGGUGAAUCUUCCCAUAAUAGCUUUGAUGCCGCUGUGAAAGCAGGCCACGUGACACCGCAGGCCGAGGGGCGCUACAGGUGCAAUGUGUGCAACAAAGACUACGCCAGCAAGGCCAGCGUCAGAAAUCACCUCACCACCAAAAUACACCUCACCCGGUUAAUCCCUGCCACUCCUGCCUCUCCCAGUACAGCUCGUCACUUGUCUUCAGUGCCAUCCAACUCUGCUUCUUCUGGUUCUGUUGUCAGACACGAGACGUCCGAGCCUCCGUUAGAAGAGAGUAUCGAAGUUGAAAAAGGCGAAAUGUUCCCAUACUCAUCAGAUCAGAGGGUGAAGGAUAGUGCAAAGCGUAAGUCCCGACAGGAGAGGCUAGCUGCUGCACUCAAGAAGGACCAGGUGACGCCGCUGCCAGAUGGCUCCUACAAGUGUGAAGUAUGCAGCAGAGAGUACGUUAACAAGUCUUCCAUCAAGCAGCAUCUCUUCACCAACAUUCACAGGGAAAAGCUUCAGAAUCCCGACAAGAAGAAGACGAAGAGGAAGCUGAAAACAAAGAAGGACGGGAAGCUAGUGUCCAGUAGUGACAAGGACCGCGAUGUGCCGCUAGGAGUCGAUGACCUGCCAUGCCAGGAUACCACUGACGAGACGGACGCUGACGUCAUGGCCAGGUUGCUCCUUAAUAGGCAAAAAAAUACAGUCGAACAUGAAUAUCGCAUGAACCCACAACUCCCGCCGGGGCGAGUUGAUGUAUUCAACUAUAUAUUCUUUCACCACAACACUCGGCAGAGUCUGGAGGAAAGGAAGGGAGCGAAAAUGGACUCCAUCAACAUCCAAAAUACCUUCACCAAAUUCGGUUAUCAAGUCUACAUUCAUGAAAACCUUACUGAGAAGGAGACUUUCAAGGAAUUGGAAAAUAUUAAAAAGAGUUGCAGUCAAGAACCCCCUCAAGCUUUCUUUGUUUUCUUCUUGAGCCACGGGGUACCCAGCAGCAAAGAGUUCAUGGCCGCUGAUGGAAAGCCUUUAAACAUUGAUAGUAUCAAAAACGAGUUUACCAACGACCGGUGUCCAGCGCUGGCCAAGAAACCGAAGAUCUUCUUGACAAACUAUUGCCGGGGAAAUAAUGAGGAGUGGCUGGAGACCGACGGACUGGUGAAAAUUCCCCAAGACAUCGUGACGAUCUACGCCAGCAUGGAUGGCAUUGUAGCUUACCGGCAGACUGACGAGGGAACGACAUUUGUGCUGAGCCUGUGCAGGGUAAUGGAGAGGCUGAGGGAGCGCACCGAGCUGCACCACUUUUACCUCAUGCUGCAAAACGAAAUGAAGAGAAACAGAGCCACAACACCUGUCUGGGAGGAGUUAUGUUUUAAAAAAUUCUAUCUUGAGAUACCAGAGAGAAAGUAACUAAACAGAAAAGAAGAAACAAGGGAAGAUACGAAGAAAUUAAAUCCAGUUAUGUGAAAAUGCAGUAAACAAGAAACAUGAAGGAAGAAAAAUAAAGAAGGAAAUCAAAACAGUAAAAUCAGGAAGUUAAAAGACAGGAAACAAGAGAGAAGAAAACGAAAAGAAACGAAAACAGGAAACGGGAACGAAGAAAUGAAGAAACGGAAAAUAAGAGAAGGGGUGAGAGAGAAGAAAUGGAGAAGAAAACAGGAAGGCCCAGCGGAAGGGGACACAGGGCAACGAGUGCAGGAACACGGAGUGCGAACGGGAGUAGGCAAGCGUCCACACGAACAGGCCAGACGCCCGUCAUCGUAAAUUCAAGAGUAGUUAUCAGAAACUGAAUGUCAAUAAACUAAUGACGCAUAACUGUACUGCAAAUUCAUCUUUUGCAUGGAAUAUACGUCUCUUGGUGAGUCAUCAAAAACAGUGUAUUUAAAGAUAAUUUACAGAGAGAGAGAGAGAGAGAGAGAGAGAGAGAGAGAGAGAGAGAGAGAGAGAGAAACGAUGGUAAACAAGGAAGCUGAACAUCAUAGCAGUAAAUUGAGAUUAACAAGUCUGUGAUAAGUUUUUCAAGUAACUCUUGUUUUAAGGUGUUAUGUUAAAAUUUGGGUAUUAUAUAAUGUAGAAUUUUGAUGAAUAUAAAGUGAUAGUCAUUGACGUGCGGAGGGAAAUUAGUGUUUAUAUUGUACUGUACUGCGAGCAAGAAGUGUUCAAUGCUCAUGGAUUGGUUAUUCAGUUAAAUGGGCAUAGGUAUGAAGAAAUUCUGUGGGACGUUUUUAUUUCCACUAAACUGUAAACAAUUGCGAGUGUUUCCUUGAACCCAGCGACCAGUUAUGGUUAAUAAGGCGUGACACGACAUCGUUCGAUAUUGCGGCACGACACACUCAUUUCGUCAACUUUGAUACUUUUCUGAUGUCAUUUCAUAGACUAUUAAACACCCAAAGCCAAGCAAUUUUCUCCCAUAUACGUAUUGUCACACGUGACUACUCUACCACGGAACCAGGUGCCUGCCUCUCAACUCGUGGCGCUGCCACGUGUAUAGCUUGAGGCAUACUGGAUACGUGACCUCUAGCAGGCUACCAAGCCGAUAACGAGGGGUGGAGUUCCAUCGAGCUUCAGUCUCCUCCAAGGGUCGCUACAGCUCUGAGGUCGCCUUGGCAUACGCUGGGAGUCUCAUAUACACUCGAGAGCGGUGGUAAGAGUUACACCAGUGUUACACACAUAAACACACACACACACACACACACAAACACAUUUAUAUUUAUUUUCUAUUAUGUAUAUGUAAAGGUGUUUAUUUUUGUAAUUUGUAUCUAUAUGCAUUUACUAACUUGGCUUAAGUUAUUAACUGAACCAGUCUUUUAAGUUACUCAGUCCAGUUCAGAUUGCCACUCCUUGUUACUUACUUUUACUUACUUAAAUAAUCUUCAAUUUUGUAUUGUUACUUAAUUUAAGGGUUAACUUUAAGAUAUUAAAUAGCAGUUAUAAUGUC